UACAUUUAGUCACUCGCGAGCAGCUCAUCACGUUGUACGUGUCUCUUCCAUUAACCAUAUUGGAACAAUGUCCAGCAGCAAUCAGAGCCAAAUCGACUAUCUAAGUGUGAUCAGUGCAGAGGAAUGUAUGGAAAUUGUACGAAACACAAAACAGUUUGAAAAACCAUCGAUUGUGGACUAUACACUGGAUAAGAUUCCGGGCCAUAUAGGAUUUCUCGGGGAAUAUUUACAGCUGAAAGUUACCGUAGAGGACAAUGGAGUUCAUAAGUGCCAAUGCUACUUCCUCAAGUCCCUCCCGCAGGCGGAUAAAAAUCGGCGGGAGAUGAUGGAAGAGCUAGGAUUUUUCCGAAAGGAAUCACAGGUGUACUCUAAAAUAUUCACCAGCUUGGGUCACAAUCAGGAGCCCUCGAAGUGGCGUCCGGAAUGUUAUCUCGUCCGAGAUGAUCUGAUUGUGCUAGAAGAUUUAAAGUGGCGGUACGGUUACAGCAUGGUGCAUUACAAGAAACCCCUGGAAAGCACCUAUUUGCAUUUGGUACUGGAAGCGGUAGCUCAGAUGCAUGCCGUCUCUCUCAACUACGAGUUCAAUGUCGUUGGUGGACAAAGGUUGGAUGAUUUGUAUAGCGAUAUAUUGUUUGAGACAUCAGUUUCACAAGGUAACAGCUGGUUUAUGGCGGGUCUUAGUGCUAUCAAGGCAAUAGCUUUGAAUGGGACUAAAUACUGCAAAAGUUCCACCAAGAAACAGCUUAUACAGCGAGACUUGGAUACCAAGCUGCGACAAAUAUUCGAUGUGGUCAAGCCAACGACUGAGUUCCAAAAUGUGUUGGUGCAUCGUGAUAUUUGGCACAAUAACUUGAUGUUUCGAUUCGAGAAAGACCCGAUCACAGGCGACAAUAUUGUGGAUUGCCCAAAAUCAUGCGUUCUGCUGGACUUUCAAAUUUGUCGCUAUCUCCCGCCCGUAAUCGAUGUUCUUCUAACGAUUUAUCUAACAACGAGAAGAUCUCAUCGGGAACAAUUUUUAGACGAUUAUCUGAAGUUCUACCACAAAACGCUAAGUAGCAAACUACGCCAGUUUGAUUUGGACCCGGAAAAGGUGCUCAACUGGGAACAACUGCAACGGAGCUUAGGGCACUACAAAAUUAUCGGCCACGUGUUCGCUUGCGUGUAUCUGGCGUUGACCAACAUACCGGAAAACGUUUUGGAUGACCUCAACCGGGAUGAUCCGGAGCUGUAUCAUCAGUACUGCAACGUUAAUAGAGACGAGUUUGUAUUGAAAUACUUGCGCGAUGACGAAUUCUACCGGGAGACGAUGGUGGAAUGCGUCGAGGAAGCGCUAGAGUACUUUUUCGGGUUCUGAUCGAUAGACGAACCGAAUGGAUUAUGGAAAACAACACUGGACAUAUCUCAUUGAACUAUUUGUUUCGUAGUUAGUCUAGAACAACUCCAGGGGACUAACCCUUCUUGAUAUUUGCCUCUUACAUGUGGACAAUAUGAAAUCCAAACUGCUAAUUAAAUUCUUUUUAUAAAUAAUUCAAUAAAAGACAAACUAAUUAAUCGAUGCUA